AUGAUCGAAUCGAUUCCCUCUUUUAUGCUCGCCUACUACACCCGUGUUCUUGGCCACAGUAUAGAGCAUACGGAGGUAACGAUGGCCACUAUUCGACAAGAGUUCUCCAAUCGAUCGCUUCAUUUGUACCUACGGUGGCACUUUGUGACUGGUCGCAAACCGCGAUAA